AACCCAUCAUCUAUCCACCACUACCAUCGCAGCCGCUCAAUCUUUGUGUCUCUUUUCAUGGCUGCCUCUGUUAACAACAUUGCAGCUACAUUUGCAACAGUACCAAAAACAUCCUCUCCAAGUUCAUCGUCUUCUUCUUCAAAUCCUCACCAAACAAAGCUCUCUCUUUCACUAUCCCACAAAUCCAUCUCAACCUCUUGGAACCUACACAAAACCCUCCCUAGGUCCCAAAGAUCCUCCCUUCUCAACCUCUAUGGCCCACCGGGCCCACCCCCGAAUGGCUCCAUCUCCACCGUCCAUCCCCGCCCCCUGAUGAUCACCCCAAAACGAAGCAAACCCUUCUCAGUUUGCAUAGGCGAUAAGCUCCCAAACAUAACCCUCUCUUACCUCGACCCAAACGACGGGGCCAAGCUCAUCUCCCUCUCAACCCUCUGCAAAGGCAAGAGAGUCGUUUUGGUGGGUGUUUCGGCGCCGUUCUCUCCGCGUUGCACUCGGUUCGUGAAACGGGUUGAAUCGGCGAGAGGUAAGAGCUCGGACUUGAUCGCCUGCGUCGCGGCCAGCGACGUGUUUGUGAUGAGGGCGUGGGGUGAGAAUCUGGCCGUUGGUGAUAGGGUCAUGAUGUUUUCGGACGGACGAGGAGAGUUGGGCAAUGCACUCGGUGUCUCUCUCAAUCUCAACACGACGACUAACGCUUGUUUGGUUACCUUUAACGGUGUGAUCAAAAGCGUUGAGUUUGACAAAGAAGAAGGUAGUCUCGUUGCUACCAAAUCCAUGGCCCACAGAGAGCUGGUGGGCCUGAGCCCAAAAAGGCAAAAUUUUGUGGCAGCGUUAAUCUUUGGGCCCUUCGCGCCAAGUUUUUCGGGGAUUCAGCAAUUGUCAUUGUCUAGAAUUUAA